GUAUAAUUCUUCCAAAGAAAGUAAAACGCAUAAACAAACAAGCACAUAAAUAAAUAUCUUCUGAUAAGCAAGAUCAUUUAGGCUUUCAAGCCACCCUGUCAGGUUGAGGAUGUGACGAUGUGGAGGAAAAAAACAUGUAAAAGUCCACCUUUGGUGUCCUAUGUGCCACUUCCGCCACGGGCACGGGCAACUGCGCAUAAACUGAGCACCGACGGUAGCCGGAACGCGAACACUUUCUGCUGUUAAAACUAAUCUAUUCAGUGAAAUUUGAAGACAUUUAUGCCGCAGAGCUCCUUGUUAUAACUCCCCGUGGCGGGUUUGGUUUGUAUCAGCCUGGGAGCUGAGGGGGCAGGACUGCCAGGGUGUCCUUAAUGAAUGCGCCGGAGAUUGGAGUGUGAGUGGAGCUGAGGACCGGGCUGUUACUCGGACUCUGAACACACCCAAGACACAGGGGUGGUACGGGUGAACGCCAGUGUUCAGGAUAGUCUGCCUUCAGAGAGUAAAGAGACGAGGGGAGAGUUUGGGCACAUUUCUACCAGAGCGAAAUCCGCACUUUGUGGAGACGAACUUAACUGUCGCCGUCUCCUCGAUGUUUGGAGCUGCUCGGCUGAGCAAGUGAGGAGAUACGCGGGGUAACAUGGAUCUUAGAAAAGGGAUAAACGUUAGCAAACACCGCAGGGGACGCACUCAGAAGAAUGGUGAAAGUGCUGGAGAGGACAAAGCCAGGAUUCUACACACCUGUGAUUGGAUGUGAGCUUGUAGUGACCUGAGACCAUUAAAAUGGAGUUGCUAUGGAAACUUACACUGCUGCUGUCAUUGGUGGAGUGUCUGGCAGGAAGCGGAGCCCUGCUGAGACCUGUGUUCACCAAACAACCUGGCAGUGUGGUGUUUCCUCUUCAGCCUGGUGAGAAUCGCAGAGAAGUGGUGUUCAGCUGUGAGGCCCAGGGACAGCCGCCACCCUUCUACAGGUGGAAGCUAAAUGACACUUUCAUUCUGCCCAGACCGGGGUCACGUUACUCUCUCAUGGGAGGAAACUUGCACAUCAGCAGUCUGAAUAAAGAGGAAGAUGUUGGCAUCUAUCAGUGCCUGGCAUCAAACUCUUUUGGCACUAUCGUCAGCAGAGAGGCCAGUCUGCACAUUGCAUACUUGGAGAAUUUCAAGACACAGAGAAGAAAUCCAGUGAGGGUUCGUGAAGGUCAAGGAGUGGUCUUGCUGUGUGGACCACCGCCCCACUCAGGAGAGCUUACCUUCUCAUGGAUCUUCAACGAGUACCCAUGGUUCGUCGUUCAGGACACACGGCGGUUUGUGUCCCAAAAGACAGGAAACCUCUACAUUGCUAAAGUAGAGCCCUCUGAUGUGGGCAACUACACUUGUGUAGUCACCAACACAGUCACCAAAAGCAGUGUUCAAGGACCGCUGACUCCUCUAGUGCUGCGGGUUGAUGGUGUGAUGGGCGAAUACGAACCAAAGAUUGAAGUGCAGUUCCCUGAAGUCGUCCCUGUCGCUAAAAGCUCAACUGUCAAACUGGAAUGUUUUGCACUUGGAAACCCAGUGCCAAACAUCAGCUGGAGAAGAGUGGAUGGAGCCUCUUUUAGCAGGAAAGUGGACAUAAGUAAAGCCAGUGGAGUUUUAGAGAUUCCCUAUUUCCAGCAGGAGGAUGCAGGAGUAUAUGAAUGUGUGGCUGAAAACAGCAGAGGAAGAAACUCGGUUAAAGGAAAGUUGUCUUUCUAUGCUGCACCUCACUUGACUGAGAAGCCUCAGGAUGUUCAGAAGACCAUUGAUGACACUCUGGUGUGGGAAUGCAAAGCCAGUGCCAAACCCAAGCCCUCAUAUCGCUGGCUGAAAAAUGGAGAGCCUCUGGACCCCAUGGAGCAGGACAGAGUUCAGGUAAAUAACGGCGUGCUAACCAUCAGUAGCCUCAAUCUGGCUGACAUCGGCAUGUACCAGUGUGUGGCAGAGAACAAGCACGGGAGAAUCUUCACCAACGCUGAGCUCAGAGUCAUAGCCAUCGCUCCGGACUUCUCCCAGAACUUGCUAAAAGCCCAAACUUUGGGCCGACAGGGUGGUGAUGUUCUGAUUGAAUGCAAGCCAAGGAUGUCUCCACGGGGUGUGAUAUCUUGGAGGAAAGGGAAGGAAGCCCUGAGAGAGAGCCACAGAGUUACGGUGUUGGAUAAUGGAAGUCUGCGGAUUUCCAAUGUUAGUAAAAUGGACGCUGGACUCUACACAUGUGUAGCCAGAAAUCAGUUUGGAGUAGCGAGCAGUGCUGGCAGCCUUUUGGUUAAAGAGCCAACUGUAAUCACCAGUCCAGCGGGUCAUCUGGACGUGACUGUAGGUGAGAGCAUUGUGCUGCCCUGCCAGGUGUCUCAUGACCCCACGCUGGACCUCAAGUUCACAUGGUUCUUCAAUGAGCAGCUCAUCCACUUUGGAAGCCACGGGGCUUAUUUUGAAAAAGUUGGUGGGCGCUCGGCCGGUGACAUCAUGAUCCGUAAUAUUCAACUGCAGCAUGCUGGGAAAUAUACAUGUGCCGUUCAGACCAAGGUGGAUAGCGUGUCUAUUGCCACUGAUGUGGAAGUCAGAGGUCCCCCGGGGCCCCCUGUGGAUUGUCAGGUGACUGAGGUGACAGAGACCACUGUCUCUCUAUCCUGGGGACCCGGGAUAGACAAUCACAGCCCCAUCCUGAGCUACGCUAUCCAGGCCAGGACACCCUUCUCUCUUGGGUGGCAAGCUGUUACCACUGUUCCUGAGUUGCUUGGGGGGAAGCAGCUGUCAGCUACUGUCACUGACUUGAGUCCCUGGGUGGAGUACGAGUUCAGAGUCCUGGCAACCAACAGCAUAGGAACAGGAGAGCCGAGCAAACCCUCCAAAAAGGCACGCACCAAAGAAAUGCUUCCCAGGGUGACUCCAGCCAGAGUGAAUGGUGGUGGUGGAGGGCGUUCAGAGCUGGUCAUCACCUGGGAGCCUGUUCCUGAGGAGCUGCAGAGUGGACCGGGCUUUGGCUAUGUGGUGGCUUUCCGCCCGCUUGGGGCACAGGGGUGGAUGCAGGCUGCUGUCACAUCUCCAGAUGCCUCCAGAUAUGUCUUCAAGAAUGAGAGUAUCCCUCCCUUCUCCCCAUACGAAGUCAAAGUCAGGGUUUAUAACAACAAGGGAGAAGGCCCUUUUAGUUCAGUGACCACCAUCUACUCGGCAGAGGAAGAGCCCAGCAGAGCUCCAGGGAGGCUGAGGGCAAGGAGCAUAUUGGCAUCUGAGGUAGAGGUCACCUGGAAGCCGCUGGCCUGGAGUAACAACCACAGACGCAUCCUCGGCUAUGAGCUGCAAUACUGGGGUGAGAGGGAGAAGCAGGACACAGCCAGUGUAAUCAGGACAGUGGGGAAUAAAACUUCAGUACUCAUCAAGGAUCUCGAAGGCAGCAGUACCUAUUAUAUGUCUCUCCGGGCCUAUAACAGCGCUGGAGUGGGUCCACAGAGCAACAUAGUCAAUGUCACAACCAAGAAACCACCACCUAGUCAAGCCCCAGUCAAAAUAAUGUGGAACACUUCCAACUCCAAGGUCAUCCUGAAGUGGGACCAAGUACAUGCUCUGGAGAACGAGUCUGAAGUCACAGGAUAUAAGGUGAUGUACAGCCAGGACAAACACAGUCGUCCCAGUGUGGUGAAGACCAACACAACCUCCUUGGAGUUGUCACUGCCAGUCAACCAGGACUAUGUCAUUCAGAUUAAACCCUUCAGUGAGGGAGGGGAAGGCAGCAGCAGCCGCCAGAUUACCAUCCCCAAGAUAGCAGGCUCCAUAGCCACAGGGGCAGCCCCAGAGUCCUCUGCAUUUCCCUUGGUCAACCUCGCAGCCUUAAUCCUCACAGCCAGGACUGUACUAUGACAAACAUCUGCAGAAACCAGGCGCUACAGCUGCUUAUUAAGAGGAGAAACAGCAGGUCAAAGACAGCAAGAGACUGACAGCCACAUUUCCCUCUGCUCCCUACCUUACUUACCCUUUCCUCUUCAUUCUACAAAGAUCUCUUUGUGAGGAGGAGACUUUUCCUUCACCUAUCUAAAGGAGUAACUGAAAGGAGGUGGCUCUUUCAGAAGUCUCUUUUAUGGACCUGAAAGGACACCAUGACUGGGCUGCAGUCUCUUUGAAGGUCUUUAUUUUCUCUGCUUCCUUCUAACCAGUGGAUAUUCUCAUAUGGUUUUCACCUUGGAGACCCAGUGUUCUGUGUUGCACAAUAGGAUGUGUACGUGUUUUCUCCGUGGGACUGUGCAGGUUUUGUUCAAUGGAUAUGUACACUCGGUUGGCAGAUCAUUAGGCACACCUAGCUAAAAUUAAUGCAAUCUAAUACAACUGUCCUGCAAUAAAUCUUCCCUCCAUGAACGCGAUGAUGAUCAGUUUUUGUAUAAACUGUUUUAGACAGGUAUUGAUUCAGCUGUUAGAAGAUGUAUUUUGUGGUGCUGUUGAAUUCUGUUGCAUCACAUUGAAGUCUGUUUCUGUUGCUUUGGUCACUCUUCAUAUCAAUAAGGCCAGGAUAAACAGAAACAUGUCUCUGUAUAAUGUAAUACAGUUCAACAGCAGCACAAACUACAACCUCAAAAAUGAUCAGACAGUUUUAUUAACAGCUCUACAACCAUUUCAACUUGCACUAAACAUUUUCACCUUCAUAAAAGGAGGACUUACUUCAGGACGGUUGUACUAAUUUUAACUCUGUGUACCUAAUAAACUGCCAACUGAAUGUAUGCUUUGUAGUUGACUGUUCUUGGAUGGUGGUAUUUUAUCUGUCUAGGGAAGGAGGUGGUUCAAAGUACUUGCAUAGCUCAUUCUUAAAUGAGUGAAGAUAUAUUUAAACUUGAUUUAAGACAACAAAAUGGAUUGUUUUCCCUCAUCUCUCUGGACUGUCUUUGGGAAACGUCCUGAACUGAAGGAAACUGUUACUAAUCCUUGCGAAAAGCAGGGAGUUAAUCCUCAUUGCUUUAUGACAAACCAGAAAUUAAGACCACUGAAACUUUGCUUGGAUUGUGUUCAUGCUUUUAUGUUACAUCACGUUACAUUGAAACCUCAGAACUGCCAUGACACUGACUGGAACCAAAGGUAUUGAGCCACCAGGGUUCAGUUCCAUUUGUUGCAUCAUUGUGAGAAAAUGCAGCGUGUACACCUACAAUAUGACUUCCAUUGUAAACAGCAGACUUGUGUUGAUUAAUCUAUGUCUUACCUUCUGUCCUAAUCCAUGAUAGGUUUGUGAAAAAGGCGCACUGAGCAGUGUGAGCCGAAUCAUUGUACACUGUAUGUAUGAAAUCCUCAGGUCCUAAACGAGCCUUAAGUCUUAUGAUUAUUAUCCAUGUUUUUAGUAUUCAGGAAACAUGUUAUUUUCCUUCUGUGCUUAUCCAUGUCGUGUUUUGGCUCAUUCAUGCUAUAAUUUAUGAAUAACUGACCUUACUAUGGCUAUGUUGAGACUUUUCACCAUUUUAGAUCAUAGUUUUGGGCGUUUUGGGCUCAAACAUGCCUUUCUCCUUCGUCUUUCAUGAUGACCACUGUAAUAUAGUACAAGUGGCAGUGAUUGCUAAGUUUUCUAACUUGGAAAUUACAAACUAGGGAUGGUAUUUUACUGUCAGCUGCUGUUUGGCAUGAGAUUGGUCGAUGUAUGUACCUACGUGGCUUAGGAUGUCUGAUUGGAUCAAGCUGCUUUUAAUAAACAUAAUGCCAUUU